AUGUCGUCGGAGAACAAGGAAGUCGAUUACUCUCUGGCUAACCCAGAUACCCUCACCAAGUACAAGACCGCUGCUCAGAUCUCUGAGAAGGUUCUUGCCGAGGUUUCCAAGCUCGUCGUUCCUGGAGCCAAAAUUGUCGAUAUCUGCCAGCAGGGAGACAAGCUCAUCGAGGAAGAGAUCUCCAAGGUCUACCGAGGAAAGAAGAUCAACAAGGGUUUCUCCCACCCCACCACCGUCUCCCCUUCGUCCUACGUCACCCCCUACACUCCUCUCACCUCCGACGAGGCUGAGGCCGGCGCCGAGAUCAAGGAUGGCGAGGCUAUCAAGAUCCAGCUUGGUGCCCAAAUCGAUGGUUUCGGUUCCAUCGUCUGUGACACCAUCAUCGCCACCCCCGAAGACAAGGCUGGCGACAAGAUCACUGGCCGCACUGCCGAUCUGGUCCUUGCCAACUACUACAUCAACGAGGUCCUCCUGCGAUUGAUGAUCCCCCCUGGCACUCUGGCCCAAGGCUCCGACGAGGAGAAGGCCAAGGCUGCUGCCCAGAAAGCCCCUACACAGGCCAAGAUCACCAGCCUUCUCGAGAAGGUCGCCAAGACCUACGAGGCCAACAUCGUCGAGAGCACCACCUCGUGGCUCUUCGACCACAAUGAGAUCGAAGGCAGCAAGAAGAUUGUCCUUUCCCCUGCAGAGGGCACCAAGGGCGAGGGUGUCCCUGAAAUUGGUGAGGUUUGGGGUGUUGAGGUCGGUGUCAGCCUGGGCUCCGGCAAGGUCAAGGGACUUGACCAGCGUGCCACUCUUCACCGCCGCACCAACCAGACUUAUGGCCUGAAGCGACCUACUUCGCGCAAGAUCCUCAACGAGGUCCAGAAGAAGUUCGGUACUUUCCCCUUCAGCUUGCGACAGCUUGAGGACGAGCGCGAUGCCAAGUCUGGUGUCGUCGAGUGUGUCCGAGGAAACGUCUUCCGCCAAUACGAACUCGUUGGCGACAAGGACAACUCUCCCGUUGCCCGAUACCUUACAACCUUUGCUAUUACCAAGAAUGGUAUCACCAAGCUGGGUGGCCCUCCCCCUCUGGACCUUGAGAAGUACGAGACCGACAAGAAGAUCGAGGACGAGGAGAUUCUCAAGAUCCUGGAGCAGCCCAUUGCCCGAAACACUGGUAAGAAGAAGAGCAAGCCUAAGAAGAAGACUGCCAAGAAGGAGGGCGACGAAGAGUAA